AUGACUUACGCUCGUGUUGGUGUGGUAACUGGUGCCAACAAGGGCAUUGGGUACGCGAUCGCAUCGCACUUGAACAACGGGUCUCUACUCAUCUACCUGACGGCCCGCGACAUAUCUCGCGGCGAGGAGGCUUUGGCUGCCAUCCGCGCUGAUGCAGACCUUAAGCAAGCCAAAGCCCUGGCUACGCACGGCGGCCUCGCCGAUAUCAAGUACCACCAGCUGGACAUCUCAGACGCCAAGAGCAUCGAGGGCUUGGCGGAGUUCUUGAAGAAGGAGCAUCCCGACGGCAUCGACUUCGUCAUCAACAAUGCCGGCAUCGCGAUGCAAGGUUUCGAUUCAAACGUGGUCAAGACCACGAUAGGCUGCAACUACUACGGCACCCUCAACGCAACACGAGCCUGGGUCCCCAUCCUCAAGCCCCAAGGCCGGAUCAUCAACGUCGCGUCCGUGGCCGGGGCCCUGAGCAAGUACUCUCCCCAGAUCAAGGAGCGCUUCCUGGCUUCGCAGACGGUGUCGAAUGUCACUAGGUUGAUGGAGGACUUCUCCGCCGCCGUGGAGAAGGGCAAUCAUGAGCAGGAAGGGUGGCCGAGCGCGGCGUACGCCGUGUCCAAGGCCGGCGAGAUUGGAAUGACGAGGGCGAUUGCGAAAGAGCUGGAGGACAGCGGCAGCAAGAUUCUGGCCAACUCAUGUCACCCUGGAUGGGUGGUGACAUCCAUGACGAGAGGCAAGGGAACCAAGACGCCUGAUCAAGGCGCGCAAACGCCUGUCCACCUUGCUCUGGCGGAUAUCGGAGGAAAGACUGGAGAGUACUGGUCUGAUGAGAAGGUGGCGAACUGGUAG